AUGGAUUUGAAUGCAAGGGACAUUCAACUUCGUUUGUUCAGAAUGCUUCAGGUUUCAGUUGAGAUUAGCUACGCUUUCAUGAAAAAGUAUCCAUUGGUUUCGGGUGCUUUGUUAAUCUUCUUCAUCCUGUAUAUAUUUCUUUCCUUUAUUUACAACUUGUUGGUUUUCUUGUCCCCAUUUUUUGUGUGCACUGCCAUUUUUGUUAGAAUCUUUUGGAGUUCUGAGCAAACCCAGGUUAGAUAUGUCAAAAAGGAGGAGAAAAAGGUAGAGGAGAAAAGGGUUGAACCAAAAUAUCCAAAGAUUCCCAUGUAUGAAAGAAAUGAAAGACGUGGAAUGCUUUAUAAGUUUCCAUCACAGAAUGCAACAAGUAGAAGACGAAAUUUCUCUGGGAGGAAAUUGGAUGUUUAUGGUGGUUUAGAAGAAAAAGCAAAGGAUUUGUCAGCAGUGUUUCAUAAUGAAUUCAUUAAAAGGGACACAGAUAUUAGAGGAACUAAAUUUACUGAGAAGAAGAUGGAUAACAGGUUCUCUGCAAAAGCAUUUGAGGUUCCUAAAAAGCAAGCAUUAUAUUCUGAACCUUCAAUGCUGGACCUGGUGACUUAUGGUGCUAGUUGUGCUGGUCCAGGGAAAAAGACAGAAAACAUGGAGGAUGGGAAAAAAGCACAAGAGGAUUGUAAUAAGGUUGUAGAAUUGGCAGAGGAUGAUCAGAAAAAACUCAUGGAUCUUGGGGUUUGUGAGAUGGAGACAAACAAAAGGUUGGAGAGUCUUAUAGCCAGAAGAAGAGCAAGAAAACAAUUGAAUUUGCAGAUUGAGAAUGGUCUAAUUGAUAAUAAAUCAGUUACCCCAAGUCAAAUUGCACCACUGCUUAUUUCAAGAGCCAACCCUUUUGAUAGUGAAAGGUUUGAUGACAUAGAAAUGCCUGGUUCUGCCCCAUCAGCUUUGAGAAGCCCAUUUGAUCUUCCCUAUGGUCCUUUUGAGGAGAAACCAAAUCUCACAGGGGACAGUUUCCAUCAAGAAUUCACAAGUCACCAGUUAUUAGAACCUAGAGCACUCCCGAGAGUUAGAAGGCUUCCAGGUAAGGUAAAUCAGGACAGGCUUGAACAAUUAAUAUCCCAAGAAGGUGGUGAAAGUGAAUCAAAAGCUCCCAAUUCACUAAGUGAAGGAGAGGAAACAACACAUGAAGAGGAUGGGAAAUGUGACAUAGAUAUGGUUGGCACGAAAGUUGAGGAAGUGGACAGUGUUGAUGCAACAAAGUCCAUGUUAGACAAUGCAAGUGAACCAGACUUUAUUCCAAAUGUUGAAAGAGUUUCAGAGAAGCCAGGACCAAGAAGAUUUCCUAAGCCUAACGAUAGGGUUCUAGAUUUUCCAAUAUCUAGUACUAGUGUUGCUGAUAUAAAUGAUUCUUUGUAUGAAUCUCUUCCAUCUCCAGUUGAUAAGAACAAGGAAAAUAUGUUAUUUACCAGUAGGAACAUUCGUCAUACCCCAUCACAUUCCUUAGCUUCUGACUUACAAGUGGAGGUUUCUGAAAUUGGUUCACCAACACUGACAGUUGAUGAGAAUCAUGACACCAUUACAACCAUGGAUGGAGAAUUCGAAGUAUACGAUGGGGACAUUGAUAAAGAAGUUACUUCUGGCAGUAAAGAUAUGUGGGGAGCCUCGCUCCAUUCAAGAGAAGUACGUGGAGUUAGUAGUGAGCAGGAUAUUUCAGAAGUAAACAUAGAUGCAGAAGAUGUAGCUGAUGUUUGCUCUAUGUCCUCAAGAUCUGACAUGCCUGAAGAUAAUCCAACUCAUGCAAUAAGCAGUGAUCAUAACAUCUUUGGUAAUAUGAAAGAUUUAGUGAGAGAAACUGGUUCACUCCAACCUUCCCAUUCUUCACAAGUUAUCAAUGAUGUAAAUAACUCAAUAGCCACUGAGCAAGAGAACACACAGAACUCAAAUAGUAGUGAAGACUCUGGUGCAUCAGUUGUGCGACAAGAAGCAAUUGACGAAGUUUCAAGCAACUCAAGUUCAACAUCUUCACCAAGGUCUGUAUUGCCAAUACCACAGAAGACCAUAGCAGACCAAGUUACCUCUUCAGCUUAUAAUAAUCAAGAGGGACACCUAGGUGUUCAGCAAUCUUAUAUGGAGGAUAUGGCACAAGCAACAUUAAAUGGUGAAGGUCCACUUGACUCCAUGCCUCAAAAUAUUCAGCCUUCGAUGGAUGAUCCUAAUGUUGAAUCACAUAACGGUGACUUGAGUCAUUCUCAGGAGCAGACUUAUCCUCAGGAGAAUUCCAUUCAAGAACCAGAUAUGUCUAGCAAGAUGAACAAUAAUGAAGCCACUGACCGGGACUUGAACAAGAAUGAAACCUUGGUUUUAUCUGAACCAGAAGGAGAAAGUGAUCAUGUAAGCAACAUAGCACACAAGAAUGAUCCUGAAGAAAGUACUUCAGCUUGA